CAUAACUCAUCACCGGCUGUCUUCGGUUUAUUUUUUCCUUUGUGUGUGUUUUUUUCUUUUUUUUUUCUUCUUCUUCUCUCGUCCUCGUCCCAUCGUCCUCGGCCUUCCCCGUAAUCCAUAAAAGGUCAUCCAUGCGCGAACGCAAUUUUGUAUCUCUUACCUUUACAAACCCCACAGAAGCAACACAGGGGGCCUCGCACGUAUGCUCGAUUCAUUGAUGGAUCGCAGUUUUUUGUUUAGUCUCGUCUCAUUUUUGACCACUCAUCUAAACCAUUAUGGAUGGAUUUAUUACCAGCCUGAGUGUUGAAGUUGAAGGUUUGUGAGGAGCAAAGCUUAAAUAUUUUAUCACUAGUUUGAAUUGGCUGUUUCAAGCUGAGCCACUUGGAUUUAUUAUUAUUCAUUUUACCAAUGGGUGGUUGUAAAACAGUUGUGACAAUGUUAGCCCAUCAUCGGAACCAGGCUACUUCAUUAUCUAAUACGAGCGGAGUCCGUCUAUUAUUCCUUUGCUUAUUACUGACUGCCUUUCAGCACCACCAGCAGCGGGCUGGCGGCCAGGUCUCUGCCUCUCUGCAGCAGUUUUGCGGACUGGAGACGAUCAGUAUCGAACUUGACCGGCGUUUUGUUGAUGAAGAGACGGGUGAUUAUUUACGAUGUCGCGGUAACGUGACGCUGACGAGUUGCGAGGGACAGUGCGUGUCGUCGGUGGCUCCUAGUGUCGUUGCUUCUGUGGGGUUUGUAAAGAAAUGUACCUGUUGUAGAGAGGUCGAACUGAGGUCCAUCAAUAUCCAACUUGCUCACUGUGUCACCGCUGAGGGCGUCUGCAUUUCAAACUACAUCCGGGAGAUGGUCAUACAGGAGCCUUCGAAGUGUGCAUGUAAACCCUGCAAUCCGUAAACAAACAGGCAUGAGACACUUAAAGACACUGAACACUUUUGGUAAUUACUCAAAACAAUUAUUAUCAUAAAGCCUUUCUUAGUGACGAG